AUGAAUAGUAAUAUAGAGUACAUUGAUGUUGACAAGGAUGAUGAUAAUGAUGUGGUACUGGAAGAAUUAGACUUUGAGUUUGAUAUUGAUGUUGAUGUUGGACAGAAUGUAAAGAAUGAACAACAGGGAGAACAAGGAGAGAUACAGAUUGAUAUUGAGGAAAACGAUAAUGAUGAUGGCGAUUCGAUAACUGUAUCACCAAUGUUUCCAAAGACUCCAUUGCAACCACAGCCACAUCAACAUGGAAGUCCAGAUAUUGACUCAUUCUUUGGUAGCAGUGGUGAUACUCCUAUUAUACCCAAGGAUCAACAAUUCCAACCUCCACAACCACCGACAUCAUUAUCAACAACCAAUGAUAUGUCGAUGGGUCCACCACCAGAUACUACCCACAUUGAAUUGGAUGACUUUGAGUUUGACCUGGAUGAUGGUGUUUGCACUCCAGCUGGAUCAUCAAUGACCACCACACACAAUGAGACACCAUUACUACCUGAAAGACCAAUUCACCAGAAUGACCUAGAUUCAUUCAUAGGUAUCCUGUCAAGGGAUACCAUUCACAAGGCCAACAAAAGUACUACCCCAAACAUUGGGGCUGCUGUGGCAUACACACCCAAACAUCAGUUCUUCAACCAAGUCCACUACAACAUCCACACUCAUCUGAUCAAAUACAACUCAUCACUAUUGGCACUUCUACCAACAAUAUCGCAUCAACCAAUAGUUUCACUCACCAUAUCCAAUCUACUACAUCAACAUCACCAGCGUAGACAUCUUUGGAUAUCAUCCAACUUGGGUGACCAACAAUAUCUUGAAUCAAUAUUCUCCAAAGAGGCACCGCCAGAGUCUUUCCAGGUGAUCAGCAAUCAACAUCAGUCGGUCCGAUCUGGUACCCUAAUAGUAUAUAUCCAACGUGAUGUCUUGGCAUUCAUGAUCGCCAAUAACAAGAUCACAGUUUCGAACUACCAAUAUAUCUAUUAUGACGCAUGUGCAAAUGAUACCAUGUUGUUGGAUGAGAAGGAAAGGUUCCAGAAGUUGACACAAGGUGCAGGCUCAAUCAUUUUGUUGUCUAACCAACAUCCAUCGGACUACUCAAUGUUUUGGAGAUGCUUCAAGAUAGAGAAUGUAUUCACAUUUGUAAUGAAUGAGAACUUGUAUCCAAGACUCAAGGAUACAAUUACAUUGGAGAUCAAUGGUAUGAAUGUUUAUGGUGUGGACUCUUAG